UGUCUGCUCGUUGGACAGAGGUGAUCACGUACUGCUGGAGCUGAACUCCAACGCCAAAAGGGAUUUGACUUGUGGUGAGGAAAGACGCCCUGCGGGCCAUGGGUUUCAGUGGCCUUCCUGUGGGAUUCUAUCGACUGAGUUGUAUUUUUCUAUUCUUCACAGACCUGCUGCUGGCAGCGCAGGUGUAACUACCAGGUUAGGACUUCCUGAGGAAGCUGUGAACUCAGAGGAACAGGAUUCACUCUGAAGACUCAGAUCCCAUUGACAGGAACCACUGACACAACCUACUGACACCAGGAUCCACUGACACCAGGAUAUAUUGACCACCAGUACCCACUGACACCAGGAUCCACUGACACCAGAUCUCACUGAUCGUACCCAUGGCCAUGUACCAGCAGGCAGCUGACUCCAAGCAGCAGGACAACAUCUUCUCCAGCGGGGUCAUGGAGGAGUCUGAGGUCUYCUCUGUGCCUGGGGGGCUCGCCAGCAUCAGGGCACAAUUCGAGACCCAGGAAACUGCAACAUCGCACAACGUCACCCAGUUCCUCUUCCACCACAGAGCUGUGCAGGAAGUGGAAUUGAACUCUGAGUUGACAAUGAGGAGCAGUUCCAGGGAAGUCAUCCCAGCCUCUCAGCAGGCUAUUUUCCACCAGGAUGAACAGGUCACACAUGAAGAAAACUUGGCCUCCAGUUAUGAAGCAGAGGAGGAAGGUCCUAGACUUACAACCAAGGAAUUGAGAGAUCAUUUUGAGAGAACCAUUGAGGAAGCUGCCCCAAGCAAGCCAAUGAAGAUUGGCCGAGCUGACAUCAAUAGGUCUCAGUGGGCCUCAAAUGUAUCACAAAAACAAGUCUCAACAAGUGAGAUACACAAUUUAUCGUCAAGUAAUAUACAGAAUUUCUCAUCAAGUGAGAUACAUAAUGUGUCAUCAAGUGAGAUAUGGGAAGAUUCUGCUACUGAAGCAAUAGAGGACACAUCUGCUGUUGACUACGAGAACACAGAAUAUUUCCCUCCGCCACCUCCAGAAGACUUAGAGUACCUCCCACCUCCACCCCCAGACUUACUACAGGUCCCAUCAGAAAGUCCAGAUAUGCCAGUUGAGUGCUACUACUCACCUGAGCCUCCGGAAUCAGCUUACCCCUCUAAAUGUCCACUCAGUAGACAGGAAUACUUCAGGCAGAGAAACCAGUAUGAGUUGAAGCGCCUUUACAAGCAUAUCCAUCCUGAGGUGCGUAAAAACCUAGAGAUGUAUAGUGAUGCGGCUGAGUAUGAGAACACCCGACAGGGGAGUCAGGAGGAGUUCACAGGGGAGACCAGYUAUAUAUACGAGGAUAACGGUAGCAGCCCCAARGACUGRAUUAGCCCAGAAGAAGAAUACCUGGAAUGGGACGAGAUCCUCAGAGGGGAGGUCCAAUCAAUGCGCUGGAUGUUUGAGAACAAACCUCUGGAUGCCAUCAAAGACGACGCCUCAAAUGAGGGUGACGCCCAAAACAUGGAACAGGAGAUGAUUGUUGGGAGUGAUGUAAGAAGCAAAGCGUGGAUGUUUGAGACCAAGCCCAUGGACGCAUUGGGAUCAGACAACAUAGCUUCAACUAAAUAUAGAAACAGAUUCAAUACGUUGGACAAAGGAGAUGUCCGUGCUGCAGCCUGGUUGUUUGAAAACCAGCCUAUGGAGACCCUGAACAAAAUGCAUGGCGAUGAAGAGCUAACCAAAGAGAUAGUAUUUACCCAGGAAGAUGGCAGCUCUACCAUACACAUGCUUGAAUCUCAGUACAUGGACACUUUAGGUCAUACUGAGACCAUUGAUGACAGUCACCUCCUGAGUCUGAGGUCAGCGCUUGAGGAUAUAAAGGGAGAAGUGAAGACGAUCACAAGCACAUUUGAGACUCAGUUUAUAUGCGUCCUCAUGGGACAGUCAGGCCAGAUGUUGGAGAUAACAUCUAUACGCAAAGUGGAGACUGUGAAGGGGGAAACAAGAACAUCAACCUGGCUUUUUGAUACUCAAGCCCUGGACAUGACUAAUAGACUCCCUGCCCCAGUGAAACUUGUGUGUAGCCUGUCCAUGGAAGACAACUAUAAAGGAGAUGUUUACAGGGGUAGAUGGUUGUUUGAGACAAAGACCUUAGACUCCAUUAACACAGAUGAAUGGGAAAGCUCAACACUGCAAAAGGAAGAGAUAAURGGAGCUGAUGUCCAAAAACAUUGCRUAGCGUUUGAAACUCAGCCAAUGGAUUCUCUGAAAGAUGAUUCAAAUGCUAGACCCCCGACUAUCGAAGAAGUUAUUGGCGGUAAUGUUAGAUCUGCAAGACACUUCUUUGAGACUAGUCCCAAGGCAGCUUUGAAGGAUAUCAAUGAGGUAGGGAGGCUCAAAAAGGUAGUGGCAGCUGAAGAAGAGAAGGGUGAUGUAAGGCACCAAAAAUGGAUGUUUGAGAAUGAACGACUAGAGAACAUAAGAGAUGAGAAGAAGGAGAUUAUUCGUACUGUGAACUUUGAAAAUCUGACUGAAGAGGAAGGUACAAGCUACAAUGCAGAUGUCCGUAAGAAUUGCAUGGUAUUUGAGACUCAGCCAAUGGACACUUUGAAAGACGAUUCAAAUGUUAGAGCCUUUUCAAAGACGGAAAUUGUCAGAGGCAAUGUCAGAUCAGCUAAACAUUACUUUGAAACUGCUCCAGCUGACAAUUUAAAAGACCUUGCUGAGGUUGGGAAACUACAAAAAAUGGUGAGACUUGAUGAAGAGAAGGGGGAUGUGAGACACCAGAAGUGGGUUUUCGAAAGUCAACCCCUGGAGCACAUUCAAGAGGAAAAGAAGGAAGUCGUUCGAACCAUUAACCUGGAGGAAAUCGAUAAAGUGGAUGUCUCAAACUKCAAGCAAAUAUUUGAAACCACAGACUUAACCAGAUGGGAUGAAUCUCAAAAGAUACUCGUGGAGGGUGUAACAUGUGGCUCUGUGAAAUCUAACAAACAUCUGUUUGAGUCUACACCAAUGUACGCCAUGCAAGACAGCUCUGGACAUUACCAUGAAGUGAAAACAGUGCAUCGGGAAGAGGUUGUCAAGGGAGACGUCACAAGCUGCAAAUGGAUGUUUGAAACACGCCCCAUUGACCAGUUUGAUGAAAGUAUCACCAAUUACCAAAUUAUUAAAGGAAUAUCCAAAGAAGUAGAGUCUGGUGAUGUUAAAACUGCCAAGUGGCUGUUUGAAACACAGCCUCUUGAUGCAAUUAAAUACUUCAGCAAUAUUGAAGAUGAGGAAACUACAACUAAGGAAAGUGUUGAGAUUGUAAAAGGUGAUGUUAAAACUGGUAAGUGGUUAUUCGAGACUAAACUAAUGAAUGUCCCAUACGAGAAGGAUGAGUUGAAGAGUGAAAAUGAAAGUGAGGAGGUACACAAAGGAGAUGUAAAAACCUGCACAUGGUUGUUUGAGACAAAGGCACUUGACACUAUCCAUGAUGAAACCGAAACUGUUCUACAAACAUGCACAGUAAAUCAAGAAGAUGUCCAGGGCAAAAAUGUACGAAUGGCUCGUUUUCUAUUUGAGACAGAAAAACUUGAGAAUAUCACAGGGGAGGAUGAAAGCUUUAAGAGGGUUACUGAUAUAGACAUUCAGUCAGGAGAUGUGAAUAGAAUAAAGUAUAUCUUUGAGAACCAGUCCUCUGAUAUCAUGACCUCAACAUCUGAGGAGGUUAUGCAAAUGCUCAAAACUACACAAUCAGAGGACAUCCAGAAGGGAAAUGUGGUGAACUGCAAAUGGCUCUUUGAGAACCAGUCGAUAGAUGCCAUACAUGAUACCCAAGAAGAGGCUCUGGAGACCCGCACUGUGAUGGAUGUACAAGGAGGUAAUGUGGACAAAGGCCGUUUCAUUUUUGAGACCUACUCCUUGGACAAAAUCCAGGAGGUGUCCUCAGAGACAGAGACCGAUAUCACAAAGUUGCAGAAAAUCACCCGUGAAGAGGAAGAGAAAGGGGAUGUAAGGAACUACACCAUGAUGUUUGAAACUCAGCCUCUUUAUGCCAUUCAAGACAAACAGGGUCAUUAUCAUGAGGUCACCACUGUCACAAGCGAGGAGAUAUUGAAGGGUGAUGUGAUSGGGUCCCGGUGGUUGUUUGAAACCAAGCCUCUUGAUUCUAUCAGGGAUACAGAUGAAGUCUAUAUCAUCAAAUCUGUCACACAGGAGGAUGUUCAGAAAGGAGAUGUUACUUCAGCCAAGUGGAGAUUUGAAACACAACCUCUUGAUACGAUUGCAGAGGACAUAAAAAUGUCAGUUAAAACCGUUGAAGAUAUUCAAGGAGGAGAUGUUAGAAUGAAUAAACAGCGUUUUGAAUCUGAUGAGCUGUCACAGAAGUCUGUGCGAACCGUUAAUGUGAGUGAAAUCCAAAAAGGUGAUGUCAGGACAGCAAAAUGGAUGUUUGAAACUCAAACAAUGGAUAAAAUACGUAGCCAGAGCGAAGAGAAUUUAAUAGAAACCGUCAUGAAAGAGGAGGUCCUAAAGGGAGAUGUUAGACAAUCAGUGUGGCUCUUUGAACAGAAUCCCCUUGACCAUAUAAAGGAGGUAGAUGAGGAUAAUACAGUAGUUGUUCAAGAGGAGAUCCCCAAAGCCGAUGUAAAGACAACAACAUGGCUGUUUGAAACAACUCCGUUCCAUGACUUUAAUGAGAACAGUGUUGAGAAGUCAGAAAUCCUGGGUAAAAGUAUCAAAGGAACCCUUGAGGAACUUUAUAGCCAGAAAAUGGUUAAUUCAAAAGGAAUACUCAUUGAAGCAGAUGAAAUUGGGGACGUUAGAAUGGCAAAAUACCAGCUAAUGAAUACGGAUUCUCCAGAGAUCCAAAGAGAGGAAAUCAUCAGCGGGGAUCUGAACAACAUUAUGAUGAAUCUUUUGAACCGUCGGGAAACAAUUGAAAGGGGAGUAGUGGUAGAGUCAGAGGAGAAGGGUAAUAUCAGUACAACAGUGCAUCAAUUGUUCAACCAAGAGAGGGGCAUCAAUGUGGAAAAGGAGGAAAUAUUAAGAGGUGACAUCCAGGAAGCUGUAAACAAUCUUCUCAAGGAGGGAGGAUCUGCUAAACGUGGUAUACUCCUUCUGUGUAGAUGUCGCAAAUCAGUCAAGACUCCCAAAGAGGUGGAAAAGACAGAGAUUGUCCACGGCAACAUCAAAGGGGCACUGAAGUCCCUAGAGAAAUCGGCAACCUCCAAAGUUGAAGUUGUCAUCGAAGAUUUAGUUCCUGGAGACAUCAAAGCUUCUCCAAGAAUGACACGGAGGCCCAGCUUCGAGGGUGAUGUGAAAAUGUCCAUUAAGUCACUCUACGAGACACAUGAGGUGCAUGAGACAGGGGAGGAACAAACUCAACCAGAGAAAGAGGAGGUGAUAAAGGGUGAUGUUAAAGGCACAAUCAAAUCCUUGCUGGAAUCAGCUCAGCGUGCAGCUCCUAAAAUCAGAGUGGGAGCUAGAAGGUCAAAGUCCCUGUGA